AUGGCAUUGAACAACUGUUUCAAUGCGCUGCAACCACUACAUCAUGUAGCAGGGCUAUAUGGCAGCAAGAAAACAUUCUACACAGCUCCCUCGAAGGCAAAAGGAUCCUCGAGAUUGGAUGACUUGAUUGGCGUUGAGGCCGUGAGGCUAUUGAGUCAGCAUGAUCCAUUUGGUACCAUUUCUAGCGCAAUUUCUGCCGAUGCUCUGAGCAGCAUUUUCACCGAGCAGACAACUUUGCUAAGGUCAUUACCUCAAUUGUACAAUUUGAAGGGCCAUCCUGUGGUCAUCACAGUUGAUCUGCAUGUCCGUGACUACUCCGUCAUUCCAGCGUUGAAGGACUUCAAUUACAUUACAUUGGUUUCAAGUUCCGCUCCCACAUUGUUGAAACAUGCACAACUGGCUAACAAGCUUGCUAUCUCAACAAAGUCGCCGGUAUUCCACUUUGUCGAUCUUGCCAACAUCAGCGAUACGUUCGAGGGUCCAGAGAUCGAGAUUCAGGACACCGACAUUCCAGAAGAACCAGUUGACAUCGAGACCAUAUUAUCUAGUGAUGAACACUUUUCCGUCGUAUCUGAUGCAGCUACUGCUACUGCUCCUGAUGUUGCUUUGAUCAACUUGUCCCCGUACGGAAACGAUUUUAGCAGUCAGCUUCCUCACAACAGCAUUUUGAUAGACAUAAAUAUUUAUAGACCGUGGAACUUUGACCAACUACUUACUUUAAUACCACCUUCCGUCAACAAGAUCGCUAUUGUCCAAGGGUCCUGCAGGAAAAGUGAGACUAAGGGUUUCGAGCCAUUGCUGCUAGACUUUUUUACUGAUUUCAACAAGAUCGUUGAAAGAAAGAUCGAUCAGGUCGUUGUGUGCAACGUGGGGACACUUUCUUCCACACAAGAUGCUUUAGAGAUUAUUAUAAACAACGUGACCAAACCUUCUCCAGAGACAGAUUUAUAUCUAGGCAAACAGAUUGAACAUGAAGAAUACAGCGAUGUGUGGUCAUCAUCGAUCGAAAACGUUCUGCAUUUGGAGUCUGCAUACAUCAAGGUGCUUCAACAGCUAUUUUCUUCCAACUUACAAGUUCUCAAUGAAUACAACAGCGAGACCGUCAAUGGAAACUCUCCGGAGUUUGGGUAUGGUUUAUUCUUGCAUGAGCAAAAAGCUCGCGAAGAGCUGGUAGGAAUUGUGAAGUCUUGUUUGGAUGCAUCUCUUUUCCACACGGAGAAUGCUAAUAGACUGGUAGAACUGUUGUCUGAAUGGUUAGCUUUGAACGACAAGCCGCUUGACGAAAGCGAGCUAAACGCAGCCAACGAAGUUGCAGAUGAACUCUACAAAAUUUUAGAGACCAAUCAAGAUUCUCAAGCCGCCUUAAAUAUAUUGAACGUGGCACCAUCUGCUCAACACUUCGAGUUUAAGUCAUCGUGGCUGGUUGGCUCGGAUGCUUGGUCGUUCGAUUUGGGUAACUCCGGUGUCCACCAAGUGCUCUCAUCAAAGAAGAACAUCAACAUGCUGCUGAUCGAUUCUGAGCCACACGAUGUUCGCAGACAAUCCCAUGAGAGAAAGAAAGAUGUUGGGUUGUAUGCCAUGAACUUUCACCAUGUCUACGUCGCCUCCGUUGCUGUCUAUUCUUCGUACACACAGAUGCUGGCUGCCUUCAUUGAAGCCUCGAGAUUCAACGGUCCCUCCAUUGUUCUGGCCUAUUUACCAUACCACAAUGAAAAUGACACGCCGUUGGAGGUGUUGAAGGAAACAAAGAACGCUGUGGAAUCCGGUUAUUGGCCUCUAUACAGAUUCGAUCCAAGUAAGGAUGAUAUUGAUGGUGAGGAAUCAUUCCAGCUUGAUUCAUCCGUGUUGAAGAAGGAGUUGCAGUCAUUCCUUGACAGAGAGAACAAACUGACACUACUGACGAGAAGAAACCCCGAACUCUCAAGAACUUUAGCCACGUCUGCUAGUGAUGCUAUUACAAGGAAACAGGAAAAGAGAGCAAAGGCCGCCUUUGACGAACUGCUAGAAGGUCUUUCUGGUCCCCCGGUCCACAUCUACUAUGCUUCCGACGGUGGCAAUGCAUCCGGGUUGGCUGCUCAAUUGGGUAACAGGGCGUCUGCUAGAGGCUUGAAGGCCACUGUUCUAUCGAUGGACGAUAUAAUCGUAGAAGAGCUUGCAGGUGAGGAGAACGUUGUAUUUAUCACUUCUACGGCAGGACAAGGUGAGUUUCCUCAGGACGGGAAGUCUUUCUGGGAUGAGAUCAGAAAUAGUUCCGAUUUAGACUUCUCUACAUUGAAGUUUGCUGUGUUUGGUCUUGCUGAUUCGGAGUACUGGCCGCGUAAGGAGGAUGCGCGCUACUAUAACAAGCCAUGCAAGGAUUUAUAUGCCAGAUUAGAGUUCUUGACGGCUAUUCCACUAGUUCCACUGGGACUCGGUGACGAUCAGGACGCUGACGGAUACCAAACAGGAUACGCUGUAUGGGAAGCACAGCUUUGGGAAGCUUUGGGCGUAUCUAAUGUGGAGGUUGGUGAUGAACCAAAAGCAUGGACAAACGAAGACAUGAAAAUAAACUCUGACUUUUUGAGAGGUACCAUUGUUGAAGGUCUCAAUGACACAUCUACAUUGGCCAUUCAUCCAUAUGACCAGCAACUAACUAAGUUUCAUGGUUGCUACAUGCAAGAUGAUAGAGAUAUUAGAGAAGUUCGUAAGUCUCAGGGUAUGGAACCAUUGUAUAGUUUUAUGAUUAGAGUGAGAUUACCAGGGGGUGAAGCUACACCAGAUCAGUGGUUAUUGAUGGACAAGCUAUCAGACGCAUCAGGGAAUGGUACUUUCAAGAUUACUACAAGAGCCACGUUCCAACUUCAUGGUAUUCUAAAGUCUAACUUAAAGCAUAGUAUAAGAGCAUUAAAUUCGGAGCUUAUGGACACUUUAGCAGCCUGUGGUGAUGUUAACAGAAAUGUCAUGGUUGCGGCUCUGCCAUUCAAUGCUAAGAUUCAUCAACAAAUUGCCGAUUUUGGUAGGAAGGUUUCUGAGCACUUCUUACCAAGAACUACCGCAUAUCAUGAAAUAUGGUUGAAGGGAGUUGAUGAUGCUGAUUAUGAUCCUUCAUGGUCAAGUAUUUUUGAAGAUAGACAGGAUGGGCCAAAUAAGAAAAAGGUUUUAGUCGGUGGAAAUUCAUUAGUUGAUAUGGAACCACUUUAUGGUCCAACUUACCUGCCAAGAAAAUUCAAAAUCAAUAUUGCUGUUCCUCCAUACAAUGAUGUGGAUGUUUGGUCCAUUGAUGUUGGUUUAGUUGCUAUUUUGAAUCAAGAAACUAGUAUUGUUGAAGGUUUUAAUGUGUAUGCUGGUGGUGGUAUGGGUACAACCCAUAACAACAAAAAGACAUAUCCAAGAACUGCCUCCCUUUUGGGAUAUGUUGAGGCACAGGAUGUUAUUGGCGCUAUUGAAGCUGUUAUGGUUUUACAAAGAGAACGUGGUGAUCGUAAGGAUCGUAAACACGCACGUUUAAAGUAUACCGUUGAUGAUAUGGGAAAUGAAGAAUUCAAACAAAAGGUCGAAGAACUUUGGGGUAAGACAUUUGCACCAGAAAGGCCUUACCACUUUAAUUCUAAUAUUGACCAUUUUGGUUGGGUUAGAGAUGAAACGGGUCUAAAUCACUUUACUGUGUUCAUUGAAAAUGGUAGAGUAGCCAACACCUUUGAACAAGAGCAGAAAACUGGAUUGAAAAAAAUAGCUGAGUUGAUGAAAACUCAAAAUUCGGGACACUUCAGAUUGACAGGUAAUCAACAUGUGUUAAUAUCUAAUAUUAAAGAUGAACAUUUAGAAGAUAUCAAAAAAAUAAUGGCCAAGUAUGGCUUAGAUAAUACUGCUUACUCCGGUUUAAGAUUAUCUUCUUCUUCCUGUGUUGGUUUCCCUACAUGUGGUCUAGCUAUGGCAGAAUCGGAGAGAUUCCUCCCAUCAUUGAUUACCAGAGUUGAAGACGUUUUGGAAGAAUAUGGACUAAGUCACAAUUCUGUCGUGAUGAGAGUCACUGGUUGUCCAAAUGGUUGUGCACGUCCUUGGUUAGCUGAAAUUGCCUUAGUCGGAAAAGCUCUAAGAACAUACAAUUUAUACUUAGGUGGUGGAUACUAUGGCCAAAGAUUGAAUAAAUUGUAUAAAGCAUCAGUCAAAGAUGAUGAGGUCGUCGACAUUUUCAGACCAUUAUUCAAAAGGUGGGCUUUGGAAAGAGAAGAUGAUGAACAUUUUGGCGAUUUCUUGAUCAGAGCAGGCGUUGUUAAGCCCACGUUGGAAGGAAAGUUUUUCCAUGAAGAUAUCGCAGAAGAAGCAUAUUAA